UCAUCCAUGUGGAUUGCUCAAAAAUAGCCUCAUUUAUUUAUAUAUAUAUAUAUAUAAAACACGCUUACCAGUGCACAUUUUAGGAGAAAACACAGUAAAUGAGCUCGGUUUUGUUUGUUUUCAGUUCCCUAGAUGUUUCCCAGUGUGACAUAUGUGCAGUUGGAGAAUGAGUAGAUCUUUUUUAUCACCGGGGUGAGGUGGUAGACUAGGCGGGACCGCAAAACCGUGGCACACCUCAGCUCGGUAAAAGCUCUCAGAUCCAAACGAGAGCAGAAAGGAUUGAGACGCAGAACUGGUUUUACUGUAAGCAUUGGCUCACUCGCACAGCAGGUAACACCUGGAGUACACCUUUUGGAAGCCUAUAAACACAGCUGCUUGUUCCCAGGAAAGCUCCUCUAGCUUCACAUCAGACAAAGGAUGACGAACAUCUCGCGGCACCUCGUCACGCACCUGCUGACUUACUCUCUCCAGGCCGGGGGGGUGCAGAACGUGGAGGAAGCCCGGGCCCGCUUCUCCAUCCUGGCUCAGAACAAAAAGCUGUGGAGCCAGCAGAUGUACUUGGAUGUCGGCGCGGCGGCCAUCGCUCUCCGAGACCCGCAGAGCCAGGAGGAGCUGGAGAACUACUCCGUCAGGUCCGUCCUGCGCUGCGAGGCCGUUCACGCGGACCAACACUUCCCCUCCCUCCUCCUGCUGGUCGGCCAGAGUGCCGGCAAGCAGGAGCCGGACAUCCACUUCUUUGACUGCGAGACGGUGAAGGCCGAGCGAAUCCGUGACGACAUCACGCAGGCGGUUUCGGGUUCCUCCAGCGGCCGGAGACAGAAGCUUCCUGAAAGCCUCAGGCUCUCACAGAGUGGCGGCGGCGGGACGAUGGACUCCUACGGGAUCCCCAGCCACCCCAUCCCACACGCUCCGAAUCCACCACCGGCCAACCCCCCACCUUACCCCGGACACAAAGCUAACGGCGGGCCGGAUAUCUCCUUCCUGCGGGCCGAGAGAGAAGUGGGGAUCCUCAAUCACUGUUUCGACGACAUCGAGAGCUUCAUGGGGAAGCUGCAGCAGACGGCGGAGGCCUCGUCCGUGCUGGCGCAGAGGAAGAAGAAGAAGAAAAGUAAAAAGCAAAGUAUUGAAGAGGAUUUACUCACUGCAAAGGCCCGCCCUCCACCAGAGGAGGAGUUCAUCCACAUCUUCCAGAAGUUCAAGUACUGCUUCAGCCUGUUGGCCCGUCUGAAGUCCACUAUCGCCAGUCCUUCCUCCGAGGAGCUGGUUCACCACGUCUUCAAACCUCUGAAUAUGAUGGUGAAAACCACUGGGGGGCCGUCCCUCGGAGCCUCUGUGUCCAGCCCCGCCAUGACCAGCUCGGCGGUCUACCUGCUACAUGACAGCCUGAGCGAGGAGGAGAGGCAGCUGUGGACGUCUCUGGGUCCCAACUGGACGCUCCCACGCUCUCAGCUCACCUGGCCCGUUGCUCCGUACACUCCCGUGUUCUUGGACGGUUGGAAGCCGGAGGCCUCGAGGGCGGACGGGCCGGUUUGGGAGGAUCCGGUCGAGUCACAGCACAAACUCGAGGCCGUCCAGCAGCAACAGUCAGCCGUCGCUCCGGACGCCCAAGUCAGCAGCGACACAGACGGCAGCACACUCCCACCAGAAUCUGAGAGGAUCUACAGCUGCACCUACGACUUCAUAGCCAGGAACAGCAGCGAGCUCUCGGUGCAGCAGGGGGAGACGCUGGAGGUGCUGGAGUCGUCCAAGCGCUGGUGGAAGUGUCGGAAUCGGUUCGACCAGAUCGGGUUUGUUCCCUUCAACAUCCUGGAUCCGUUGGCCCACGCAGACACCCCGGUCCACAAUAAACCCCCCAGUGCUCCGGCUCCACCAACCCUCGCCAAGACCUUCUCUGCAGUCCCACCCAGCUCCCACCACCCCCCCACCCACUCCCCCAAGCACCCGCACAGCUCACCGCAAUACGGUCAACACGUACCCGCAGGAGAGGACCAAGACAACAAGGUGAUGAUGAUGAACGACGAGCUGCUCCAGAGGCUGACCAAUGGGAAGACCAGCCUGAGCAAACACCUGGUCAUCCCCCGGUCCUCCGAGACCUCGGUGCCUCUGGACUACGACUCCCCUCCACACGAGGUGGCCGAGUGGCUGCAGGGGAAAGGCUUCAGCGAACCGACGGUGCAGUGCUUGGGAGUGCUGACCGGCGCCCAGCUCUUCUCCCUCAACAAGGAGGAGCUCCGAGCGGUGAUUCCGGAGGAGGGCGCCCGGGUCUACAGCCAGCUGGCCGUGCAGAGGGCGCUGCUGGAGGACGCCAAGAGGUCCACGGAGCUGGAGGCAGUCAUGGAGAAACAGAAAAUUAAGGCGGAUGUGAAAGUGGAGAGCAGCACGUUGUGAGCAGACCGACGUCGCUGGGGAGAACUCCCCGAAUUAUUAAAGCUGCUCACCAGAGAAACAUGUGACCAGCGAAUCAGAGAUGGAAGUGUUUAAUGGAAACACAACGUGCCAAUUUUCAAAUAUAUAUAUAUAUUUUCAAAUUUAGGUAUUUGUAAUGUGUGUCAAUGAUUUGCAUGUGAAUUGUCUUUGAUUUUUUUUUCCAAGGAGGGAAGAUUAACUUAAAUGAAGUGUAUUUAUCUUUGUAGAAUACCUGAUAAUUAAACCGUUAACAUGACGGGAUCAUGGAGCGAAAGGAGCACAAUAAAUUUUGAUGUGAUUUU